AUGGACCCAUCAAUUUCUGCAGAUGAAAAUUCGGAUUCCAACGAGAAGAAUCCUCAAGAAUCAGAAUCUGAAUCCAAUAACAACAGCAGUGAUGUAUUAGGCAAGGCUUUAUCUACGAUGCUAGCCUCUGUGAUUAAGGAUUUCGAUUCUAAAGCUCAACACACUCUCAAUAGCCAAGACCAACUUAAUUCUGCUGUUGAUCGUCUUACUGGAGAAAUGGACCCAGAAUUGAAUCCCACUGAAACAGAGAAAAGGCGUUCUCGGUAA